UCACCCAUUACUCCAAUCCUCUUGUUGUAAUGAACAGUAAUUUCAUGCCUUUAAUAAGCACGGACCCUCCAUCACCAUUUGCUUUGCAAAGUAAUUGCAGUUGGUAAGGGUCGUUUCUGUUGCAAUUCUUUCUCUUUUAGGUGCCAAGGAUGUGAUCCUAUUUAAGAGCUUAACCUGCUGAAUCUUGGGCAAUCAAGAUUUGAUGGGGGUUUGGGGUUGGGUUGUUUUCAUUUGUGCCAUUGGGGGUUUUUAGUGAAGUGGGUCUCCUGGAAAUUUGGUGAAACCACCUUACCCACUUUCACUGUUGAUCUUUCAUGGCCAUUUGGGUGGUCCUCUUGAUUGAUGACUAGAAAGACGGCCGCUUGUUUCUGAUGAGCGAAACUUUACUUUUGAUGGUGUUGUGGCUGGUGAUGCUGUGAUUGAACUUGAGUUGUCUUUUUUGUUGCUCUGCGCUGGAAGGCAGGAUGGAUACCGAGAUUUUAGAUAGCUAUAUCACGCAUCCGUGUUAUUGGCCGAGGUCAUUGCGGCCUUAUGUUAGACAUCCAAAUGGUGCCCCCUCCAAUUUCUUGUCCUGACUUAUGGUUUACUUCAAUUUGGAACUGGUCCGGUGCCUUUGGCUAGCUUCUGUGACCAAGAGUUGCAUCGAGAUGCUCCUGCCUUGGCACUACGCCUCAAGGCUGCAACAUAAGUAAUUAGUAUAUCUGACCUUUAUGGGAAAAGCAAUUAUCAUGAGAGACAGCUAACCAACUGAACAGUUUUAGUUUCGAUACCAUAUAGGAAGCAUGGCGUACUAUAUGUUGCCAGGGCUCUUGAAGCCAAUGUUUCUUUUUGAUGUUUUUGAAGCAAUUCGGGAGUCCGAAGGUAAAGUUCAUGAUGCACUUACGGUUUGCUCUUGUUUCCCCGCUGGUGUAAAAGUUCGAGACAUUCGACAAAGAAAACGACCAGUAUCUUCUGCACUACCAGAGACAGCCAUUUCCAUAGCAGUUGCUGCCACUGCAGUGGGUGCUGCUGCCACGCUUCUUGUAAAGAGAACAAAAGCUUCUGAAGAGACUGAGAUCCCUAUGAAAACUUGUGAAGACUGUGGAGGUUCAGGUAUAUGCUCCGAGUGCAAAGGCGAAGGCUUUGUGCUUAAGAGACUGUCAGAAGCAAGCGCCGAGAAGGCAAGAUUGACUGCAAAGAACAUGGCUACCCGAUAUACUGCAGCGCUUCCAAAGAAAUGGAGUUACUGUACAAGGUGCUCUUCCUCUCGUUCUUGUAUAGCUUGUGGUGGGAGAGGAAAGCUAAGCUUAUAGCUCUGCUGUGGUGACUCCUGACGGGUAAAUGAAUGAGUUUAGAAACUUCAGCCUUGUAUAGGUCGCAUUCAGCUUGGCCAUCUUCAGUUUUGGUGGUUUUAUUGUUCAUUGCUUAAUGUGGAUGCAAUGUAUAUACAGGUCAAUUAUUGUAAGAUACCUUUUCUAAGAUAUACGCUUUAGACUGAAAUUAAAUGCCUGCUAUAGAAACGUUCAAGAUCA